GGAGCAGGCGUUCGCAGAAAGUCUCUCAAACAGCGGACGAUGAAGACCACUCGGAAAUGUCGUGCCUUGCUGUCCGUGAGUUUGAACCUCGCAGCCCUUUUCUUCUCCACCACGGCGUUCAUCACCACGUACUGGUGUGAGGGAACGCAGAGGGUCCCCAAGCCCAACUGCAACAAGGAGAGGCGACACAACUGCAUCGACUACGGGGUCAACGACACUGACCAGAGCAAAGUGCACUACAGCUGGGAGACGGGAGACGACAGGUUCCUCUUCAGAUAUUUCCACACGGGAAUAUGGUACUCAUGCGAAGAGAACAUCCAUGGGGCAGGUGAAAAAUGCCGUAGUUUUAUCGACCUGGCCCCUGCAUCGGAGAGAGGUGUGCUGUGGCUGUCGGUGGUGUCAGAGGUGCUCUACAUCAUGCUGCUGGUGGUGGGCUUCAGCCUGAUGUGCCUGGAGCUCUUCCACUCCAGCAACGUCAUCGACGGACUCAAACUCAACGCCUUCGCUGCCGUCUUCACCGUCCUCUCAGGGCUGCUGGGGAUGGUGGCCCAUAUGAUGUACACGCAGGUGUUCCAGAUCACCGUGAGCCUGGGCCCCGAGGACUGGAGACCUCACUCAUGGGACUACGGCUGGUCCUUCUGCCUGGCCUGGGGUUCGUUCACCUGCUGCAUGGCCGCCUCCGUGACCACCCUGAACUCCUACACCAAGACCGUCAUCGAGUUCCGGCACAAGCGCAAGCUGUUCGAACAGGGCCUCCGUGAGGAGCAGACCUACCUCGACCCCGACACAUUCCACUACUUCCGAGACCGCUCCGUGCAGUCCGUCUCCAGCUCUCUGGACGUCUACCCGGGUCAUGGAGGCAGUGGAGGAGGAGGAGGAGGAGGAGGAGGGAGAGGGAAGCUCCACAGGGGCCCUUCCAGCUCCAUGGACCUUGGGGAGAACUGUGACUCCCUGGGGGAGGAGCAGUGUUAAGUGGACUGAUGGAUGGAGAGAGAGGAGGGUGGAGACGGUUGAUGGAGACGGUUGCUGGAGAGACAGGAGGCGAUUGCUGGGAAGGCAGGAUGUGGGAUGCGGUAGGCAAGUUCCUGAGGAGACUGGAGAUGGAUGCUGGGGAAGGAUGGAGACGGGGACAUAUUAGGAUGGAAACAGUUUUCGGGGAGGCUGGAAACAAGACUGUGGCAGACAGGUCCGAUGGAGACAGUUGUCAAGAAGCAUGCAAGCGGUUGCCAAGGAGACUAGAGAACAGGCUGUGAUGCUCAGGUCUUUUUGGCCUUGUUUGUCUCAGUCUCGGCGAAUUCCACACUGAAGGCGUGCGGUCUUCUCAGAACUGGGCCGUUUCUAAGAGCUGAGAUGGACUGAUGUUCUUGGAACA